AUGGCUCAACGCAUACCUCAGCACAUACCCCCCUACGUCACUAAUUCUUUGAUGAUCCGUCAGGAGAUACAAAGAUUCGAAAGUGUUCAUCCCUGCAUAUACGCCCUGUACGAUCUUAUUGAAGAAGGACUUCCUGCCGAUUCCCCACUACAACGCCAACUUCACGACUACAUAGUCUGCAUUGAAGAUUCUUUUGUUAACAGUCAGGAGUGGACUCUCAGUCGAUCAGUACCAGAUAUUAAACUAGGUAUACUGGGAAGUGUAGACAGUGGAAAAUCUGCUCUUGUUCAUAGAUACUUGACUGGAUCGUAUCUGUCUGAUGAAUCUCCAGAAGGUGGAAGAUUCAAAAAAGAAGUUAUAGUAGAUGGUCAAAGUCACUUGCUAUUACUAAGGGACGAAGGUGGCAUGCCAGAGAUGCAGUUCAGUCACUGGGUGGAUGCUGUCAUCUUUGUUUUCAGUUUGGAAAAUGAGACCAGUUUUAGUAGUGUGUAUGCUCAUUUUGCUCGCAUGGCCCAUUACAGAGACCUUUCAGAUCUGCCAAUGGUUCUUGUAGGAACGCAAGAUACAAUAAGUGAAAGCAGCCCCAGAGUUAUAGAUGAUGCCAGAGCUCGAAAGUUGGCCAUGGAUCUCAAGAACUGCACUUAUCAUGAAACAUGUGCCACUUAUGGUUUAAAUGUUGAAAGGGUUUUCCAAGAUAGUUUCUUGUCUUCUCGUGUCUACCAGAAUGUUCCACCUCCUUUGUCCAUGCGUUACAACGUUGUUAACAGCAAUGAAUCAUUACAUCUUCAACAGCUCCAGCAACAACAAUUUCAUUCCAGUCAAUUCAUGCAACAACAGCAACAAGGGCCUGCUACCACCCCUACCAAUAGUAGUACCAGUAGUAGUCCUUUUAACAAUCAGGUACAAUGUUUUAUAAUUACUAAAUAUCAGCAGCAUACUGAUUUGAUGCUAAGAGAUUCAAAAGAUUUUAAUGACAAAAAUAUGCUGAGACGUCAACAACCACCACCGCCUCCUCAGAAGAAGGAUUUAAAAUCCAGCAGUAAAUUGGGUCCUAUACCAGCGGCACCUGUGAAACAGGGUUUUUUGUACAAACGAAGCACUAAACCACUUCGAAGUGAGUGGAAAAAAAAAUAUGUCACAUUGUUUGAUGAUGGUCGACUGGUUUUCCAUUCUUCUAUCCAGGACUUUACAGAUAAUGUACAUGGCAAGGAAAUUGAAUUAAUGAAGACAGCAGUAAAGGUACCAGGAAGAUGUCCAAGAGGUUCUGAACUUUCAAGACCUCAAAUAUCUACUAAUGCCAACAUGGGUACCACAAUUUUGUCAAAAGAUGUUCUGACCAACGAAGUGUCAGGUCAAUUUUUUGCUCAUGUCAAUAUAUAUAUAUUUGGAAACAGUGCCAUAACUUUUCUUGCAGAUGUUGAAGUACCUGGCACACGUCCCAAAGGCCGUCCAAAGAAGUCCUGGUCGCAUACAAUCGAGCAAGACAUGAAAGCUCUAAAUUUAAAUGAAAUGGAUACAACUGAUCAUACAACCACAGGUUUAGAGUUUCUCUUACAUUCACUGGAUAAUCAGCAAUGGCAUUUUAAAGCACAAUCUUCUGAAGACAGAGAAGACUGGGUUUUGGCGAUAGAGCAACAAAUCCUAUUUAGUUUGCAACAAAAUAUCAGCGACAAAUUCAAUAAUAGGAAUAGUUUAUCAUCUACAGACUCUGCAGUUGCAUUAGCCAUUAGAUCUACUUCUGGUAAUUAUGCCUGUGCUGAUUGUGGAGCAACAAAUCCAGAUUGGGCUAGUUUAAACCUUGGAAUUUUGAUAUGUAUUGAAUGUUCUGGUAUCCAUAGAAACCUUGGCACUCAUUUAUCUAGGGUUCGGUCACUUGAUCUUGACGACUGGCCAUCUGAGUUGGUAUCAGUUUUAACAAGCAUUGGCAACACGGCAGCCAACUCUAUCUUUGAAGCCAACACUCAAGGUCGUAUCAAGCCUAGCCCUUCAUCUCCCAGGGAAGAAAAAGAGCGAUGGAUAAGAGCAAAAUAUGAGCGCAAAUCUUUUCUACCACCACUACCCUAUCAAGAUGUUCCUGUUACACAGCAACUGAUGGAUACUGUAGCGCGACAAGAUGUUUUGAAAUGCUUACUGGUUUUAGCUUAUUGUACACCGGAUCACGUGAACACGCCAUACAGCAAAACUGACACAAGAACAGCUUUGCAUAUUGCUGCCGCUCUAGCCAAUGUCGUACAAGUACAACUUCUGCUCUGGGCAGGAGCAAACGUUUUUAUGAUGGACCAUGAGCAUCACUAUGCAUUGUUCUACGCUCAGUCUGCCCGAUCACAAGAUUGUGUCAAACUUCUUGUAGCACAAGGAUGUCCUGACGUAAUCAGUGCCACAUCAUCCCCACCUGUCUGACCUCUACCUUACUUUUUUUAGUUUAUAUACUCACUCCAUGUUCGCACGCAAAACGCAGUGUUUUAUUUAUUUGUACAAUAUUUACAUGGGCAUAUGUGAGUGUGUUUUUGCAUAAGUGUGUGUGUGUUUGUGCAUUUGUUGUUUGUUCCUCUGUGUCUUUUAGUUUUUUUGUUUUUUAAAAUGGAUUAUAUAUAUAUGUGUGCGUGUGUGUGUGGUGUGCAUUGUCUUUUAAUUUUUAGAUAAAAAAAUUUUAUGUACCGAGCUAUUUCUCAAUGUACCAUACUCACGUUUAAUAAAACAUCAUGUCUCAUUUUUA